CUGCCAGUAGACUCAAGUCGCAGUACCGUGCAAACACAGAGCCGAGUGCGCGAGAGAGUACGUUAUUAUUGAAAGGAGAACUUGGUAAACGGAGUGUGUUCGGUCUAUGUUCGUCAGUGCACCGUGCCAUGACUCGACAAUGACAUCCACAACAACAAUCAGGAAGUCCUACGGGAACAGGAAGAUCUAUGUCUUUCCCGAAGACUAUCCACUUAGAACAACCAAAGCCAAAAAUGUUGCCAAUCUGCCCAAAAAGCACGAGGAAGUCAACAAGCUAGUCAAGUAUAUUGACGACAACAUCGUGGGCAAAAAUAAUGCCUUCCUUGGGCCUUUCGGACGGCGAAAAGUCGUGUUCUGCGAUUACGCCGCGUCGGGGAGAUCCCUGCAAUUCAUCGAAGAGUAUAUUCUUAGGGAAGUGCUGCCCACUUACGGAAACACGCAUUUCACAACGACUAUAUCUUCACUACAAAGUACAUUAUUCAGACAAGAGUCUCGUGAUAUAAUUAGGAACGCUGUCAAUGCAAACGACGACGACGCAGUCAUCUUCUCAGGACACGGAUGCAAAGAUGCCUUAGAAAAACUAAUCAACGCCCUUGAUCUCAGAGAACCCCCGAUUGUAUUCAUCGGUGCCAGCGAACAUUUAGACAACCUACAGCUGUGGCAAAAGACUGACGCUAAAUUGGUGCGAAUAACUGAAACCAAAGAAGGUUUCUUGGACCUAAACGAUCUGGAAAACCAACUGAGAUUUUAUCAGAAAACUGGAAAGACUCUUAUUGGAUGCUUCUCGAUUGCCAGCAGUGUGACGGGAAUCAUCAUCGAUGAUGUGGCCUGCACGAUUCUUCUUCACCAAUAUGGUGCGUUGGCAUUUUGGGAUUUCAACAUGGGCGCUCCAAAUAUUGCCAUAGAUAUGAAUCCAGUUAUACCGGGCGUCGAAGAAAAUUCGGCCAAUAAGGAUGCGAUUUAUUUCUCCGGGCAUAAAUUCGCUGGAGGCGUUCAGACACCAGGAAUUUUGAUUGCCAAAAAAUCAAUAUUCAGAAGAUUAAGUACUUGUGAACCAGAUGGAUUCUUUGCAACACAAGAGAAUAAUAAGACAUUUGAAAUACAAGAAGAGGGAAGCUGCGCUGCCAUAGUUGAGUCGAUCAGAGCCAGUCUCGUGAUGCAGUUAAAAGAAACGGUUUCCGUGCCGAAUAUUCUUCAACGUCAGGAAAAAAUCAACAAACAAAUGUUACAGCACAUCAGGACCAUUCCAGAAAUAAUCCUCUUAGGUAACACUUCCCCCAACAUCAAAAGGAUUUCAGUGUUUUCUUUCAUGGUGCGCCACCCCCGUGGCACAUUCUUACACCACAAUUUUGUGUGUGCCGUUCUGAACGACGUCUUUGGCAUUCAAGCCCGUGCUGGAUGCUUGUGCUCCGGUGCGUAUGCCCAAGACCUCCUCGGCAUCGAUCAAAGUUUAGCCGAUCAGUACGAAAGCAUCAUAUUAGAGGACAGAAGACUGAGCAGUUUAAAUUUAGGAGUGGCGAAUUCCACUUUGGAGCUGCUCAGACCCGGAUUCACACGUAUCAGUCUUCCAUAUUUCAUAAACGACUCUGAAUUAGCUUUCGUGAUGGAAGCUAUGAAGAUGGUGGCGACUGAAGGUUGGAAAUUACUGCCACAGUAUGUCGUAGAUUUGGAAACGGGCGAGUGGAGACACCACACGAAUACCAUGUGCAAGGAUCGCAAAUGGUUGUCACAGAUUCGAUACGUGGAUGGUAAGAUGACGAUGAACGAGAGGCGAAUCUCCGGACCGGGAUUGUUUCCGCAGAGCUAUUCUGAGAGUCUACAAACUGCCAGAAAUUUAUUUAAUAGGGCUCGUAAAACCGCCAACAGAAUGCCGUACCAUGAUCAAGGUAUCACAUUUGACGCACGCGGUGAAAAACUGCGAUGGUUUUUGUUACAACACGAAGCUCAGAGCCUUUUAACCAGUAAUGCUCAAAACGUCAAACAAAAGGUCCCGUUCGAUCCCCUAGGUAUCAGUUCUAAAAAGUCUGAUUCGUCGUCGAAAGACGAAAAAACUUAUAUAACCCAACCAGUGUCCAAUUGCGGGUCACCACGACACUACAGUUUGCCCUCCAUCGAUGACCCAAAAGUGUUAACGUCCUCAUCGCCAGUGCCAUAUUUUCUCCACGAUGUAAAUGGUUUGUACUAUCCCCACAUGCCUCAACCACCUGUGAAUUUUGUGGUUGGUGAAGCAGUGAGCUCCGCCAACCUCCAAAUGCAACAGAACUUCGCUAGGGAAAGGUGCCUAAGUUUGGGGGCGCCUAAUGUGUCUCCGCCUGUCUUAAGUCCGCAAACCAGAGUUAGUUUGGGAAUGAAUCAAGUACGUCAACGACAAUUGAGUUACAGCAGCCAGAGCGAGAUGCACUCGUUAGAUUCAGAUGCCAAUUUAUCGCCAACACAUAGCCUCAAUAUUUUAUACAACAGCACUCAUGAGCUGGGCAGAGCCUCUCCGGCACCUGAUCUACAAACAUAUGUGACUGAAAUGACUAAAGAGAUUGCCACUAAUAUCAAAUCUGAAAUCAGAGAAGUCAUCUCGAAAGUGGAAGACGUUUUGGAAAAUACGGAUUGUGGAUCUUACUAUGACAGGCACGGGAGUGGCAGCGAGGAUGGAAGAAGCGAUUCAAUCUCCGCAAAUGAAGUUGCCGAGUACAUUGAAAAGGUGUCUAUAGAAAUGGCUAAUGAAGUAAAGUCUGAAAUUCGGGAUGUGGUCAGUGCUGUGGACGUGUUUAUCACACCUGAAAUACAAGAUAAGCCUUGUUAUUCAAGAGCGUCAAGUUCUGGAGAUGAAAGGGGCACUGGUGCCAUUCCCAAGUACACACCUGGGUCCAGCAGCGAAACCGUCAUCCAUAUGAUCAAUAAAUCGUCUAGUUCUAACAAAUUACACGACCAGCCCGACGCCUUGGACAAAACACAGAACAAGGCGGUGACUUCAACUGUUGCAAGUCUCAGUUCACAGGAUAGUGGUAUAAAUUUAUCGUUCCAUGAUCAGGAUAAUAUGAACAGUGAACAGGCCAAAUCCAGGAGUAAUUCCGAAUCUUUAGGAGUUCACAGGAAAUCAGAUUCUGAAAUUAAGUUUUCCAAUUUGGUUAAACACAAACCUAUGAUGUUCAGAGAAUUUAGUGAGGACAACCAAUCAACAGAUAAGACAUCAAAAUGGAUCAGUCCUCAGAAAACAAUUUGGCAGCCUACAGUAGAAGCUAUUCAAGAAUUUGAAAUGAUAAAGGAUGGUGAUAAAGUGAUGGUGUGUUUGUCUGGAGGAAAGGAUUCGUUGAGUCUGUUGCAUAGUUUGUUGCAAUACCAAAAUUAUAUUCAAAGCAAAGGUAUUCUGUUCAGUCUCGGCGCUGUAACUGUUGAUCCAGAAGCAUCAGGAUGCGACCCCUGUGCUCUGAUCCCACACUUAAGAAGAUUGGGCGUUCAUUACAUAAUCGAUGACAAGAAAUGCGAUCUCGAUAACGCCUCUGACCAAAGUGAUGGAGUGAAAGAGAAUGUAAAUUCAUUCUGUACACCAACACUAAGACACCGGUUGUAUAACUCAGCAAAAAGUUCUGGCUAUAAUGUUUUGGCUAUUGCUCAACAUUUAGAUGAUCUCUGCGAAAGUUUCCUCCUGUCUGUUUUCCACAAAGGGAAGCUGAGAACUAUGAGAGCUCACUACUAUGUAAGAGAUCACGACUUGAGAGUGAUAAGACCCUUCGUCUACGUCCGUGAAAAAGCAAUAAGACAAUUUGUCGGUAAUCACAACUUGCCAAUAUCGACUAACUCUACGUGUUCCAAUUUAUCUAAAGAAAGACAACGGAUCAAACAACUGUUGACUCAACAGGAGAUUCUUUUCCCGAAAUUGUUCACCAGUCUUCGUACCGCAUUGCACCAACUAAUCGGCUUCCAUAUCAAAGAACUGGAAGUGAAGACGCGUAAGAGACUUAAGUCAAAGGAGAGUGACGGAUCGGAAGUAGAGACUGAUGAAGAGCCAAUCGUCAAAGCUGAUUGAAUACUGAGCGUUGGAAAUAUAUGUACAAAUUUUGCGUGAUAUUUACUUUUAGCUUCAUUUGUUUACUGUAGAGGAUUUAUGGAUUGGAAUUACAUUUAUUGGUUUUACAAUAUCUAAGCAUCGUUCAGAAUUUUAUCUGAAGGAAAUUUUUGUAUUGGAGUGAUGUAAUGGUGUGACAAAUGGAGUUAACGGAAGUUUUACUUAAAUUUAUUUGUUGUAAUAUUUUGGAAACAGAUAGUGCUACUCUACAAGAUCAAUUAAUAUAGUAGACAAAAUACAACUUAGACUUACAGAUAUUAAAAUUUCUAAUUUUUAGUAAUGAAAACGUACCAAUUACAAAUUUGAAACAUUUCAUAUUAUCAAAGUAUACACAAAAUGAAACAGAUUACAAAAUAUAUAUACUUACCUCAUGUAUAUUAAUUAAAUAUAAUUUCAAAUAUACAUGGUGUAAUUAAGAAAACACUUUUUAAGUGCUGUAUUAGCAAACCUCUUCUAGAUUACUGCAUUUUCAUGCCAUAAUAGAGUAGUAUAUAUCUCGAAAUAAAAAUUAUUUUCCAAUUAUUUACGUUGAUACUUUAUAAGUAUUAUGUGAUGGCUAAUGUUUAUAAAGCAUUAGUCUUUAUAACACAUCUCAUUUAAUGUUAUGUUGUUUCGUGUAUUAAACAAUUUUUAAGACAAACGUAUUUUACAAUUUCGUUUUAUAUCUCGUUGAUCAAACAACGAUGUUUUUGUCUUGUAGAAUUGUUUGUCCAGAAAAUUGUGAUUUUAUAAAAUGAGAUAGAUAUUAAUGACUGACUUAAUUUUUUUAUAAACCAUAGUUAGCUUGUGAAUAAUGUUAAGUUGCAUUUUUUGAAUAUUUAUAUUGUAAUUAAAAGCUAUGUAUAAACAAAAUGGAGUGAACAUGUAUAUUAAUUAUAAAUCUUCCCAUAGGGAUUGUGAUUGAAAAUAUAUUAUUGUUAUCAUAUUUAAGAUAUAUUUAAUAAUUGUUAACAAUAAUACAGAUGUAUUUUAUUUCUUACCAUAUAAUAAACAAUUAUAUAAAUA